GAAGAUCUCUCAAAUGAGCCCCAGGUAGAACGUGAACUAAUGCUUAUAAAAGUGAAUGCAUGUCCAGAGUUCCGCGCUGAGAUCAUGUGGCUAGUGGACAUAUUUAGAGCAAAAAUUGUGGAUAUCUCUGAACACUCAUUGACAAUUGAGGUAACUGGAGAUCCAGGGAAGAUGGUCGCUGUGCAAAGGAAUUUAAGCAAGUUUGGAAUCCGAGAAAUUGCGAGAACCGGAAAGAUUGCCUUGAGAAGGGAAAAAAUUGGCGCUUCUGCUCCUUUCUGGCGAUUUUCAGCAGCUUCAUAUCCUGAUCUUGAAGUACCAACAUCCGUGAAUGGUCUUGCUAGGGCAGGAGAUAAAUCAUAUGCUAGUGGAACUGAUACACAUGCAGGGGGAGAUGUGUAUCCAGUGGAGUCAGAUGAUGUCUUUCCAGUCAAUCAAGUGCUUGAUGCUCACUGGGGUGUCCUUAAUGAUGAAGAUACAAGCGGACUCCGAUCACAUACUCUUUCACUGAUUGUAAAUGAUUCUCCGGGAGUUCUUAACAUUGUUACAGGGGUUUUUGCUCGAAGGGGCUAUAACAUUCAGAGUUUGGCAGUUGGACAUGCAGAAACAGAGGGGCUUUCACGAAUUACAACUGUUGUUCCUGGUACAGAUGAAUCAAUUAGCAAGUUGGUGCAGCAACUUUAUAAGCUAAUAGAGAUACAUGAGGUUAGAGAUCUUACUCAUUUGCCAUUUGCUGAACGAGAAUUGACGAUGAUAAAGAUUGCUGUAAACGCCUCUGCCCGACGAGAUGUCCUUGACAUUGCCAGCAUCUUUAGAGCCAAAGCUGUUGACGUGUCUGAUCAUACAAUUACUCUUGAGCUCACUGGAGAUUUGGACAAGAUGGUUGCACUCCAGAGAUUGUUAGAGCCUUAUGGCAUUUGUGAGGUGGCACGAACAGGGCGGAUAGCAUUGAUACGUGAAUCAGGCGUGGAUUCCAGGUAUCUCCGCGGAUAUUCUUUUCCUCUAUAAUUUGGGGACGAGAAAAAUUCAAUUUGUUUAAUAUGUCAAUAGGUGUGCUGAAAUUUUGUAAGAUUCUCAUAGAUUGUUUAGUUUGUGAUUUUUCUUGGGGUUUUAAUUGCUCUUAUAUUUCAACUCAACAGUUUGAAUUUUGAAAUUAGUGUAUCAUCCAAAUUAGUUGGUAAUAGUAAAUAAUGAAACAUAUUUUUGCUUGUGCUACA